AUGCCCAAAGAAGACACCGGUCCCUCGGGAGAGAGUCAAGCGCAAAGCCCCGAAGCAAGACCACCGCUCCCACCUCGCCCUAGCGAACUCAGCCUGUUACAAGAGCGGCCUCCGAGCAGUCAUGCCUCCCGACCCUCUGCGCGACCUGGUCUUCUCGCCGGUCCGACGACGGCAGUGUCCGUGACCGAUGUACACAGUCUCAAUCGGCCAGAUGGCACGAAGGAAACGCGAAUUGCACCUUCCCGCACCUCCUCCAGCCGUUCGAUUGCAGCGUCGAUAUACAAGAGCACAAGUGAGGGUGCGGAGGAUACUUCUAGCAUUAGGAGUUAUAAACCAUUCGGAAGAUUUGUGCAAGACGCCGAGAGUAUCUUUGACGGCGACUUAGGGGAAGAUAAUGGACCGUCUUCGUCAACCAGUGAGCAAGCACUGUUCGAAAUUGAUCUCAACAAUGCCUACGACCAAGGAGAUGUCGACUUUGCGAAGGAAUUUGAAGAGUUUGACGACAAGGCGGUCGGUGAAGACGUGGCUCACAUGUUAUGGAAAGCGAAAAGGAAACAUUUCAUCAUUCUUUCUGCAGCCGGCAAACCGAUCUAUACUCGACAUGGCUCUGACGCGGUGAUCUCAAGCUACGUGGGUAUUCUACAGACGAUUAUCUCUUCUUUUGCUGGAAAUGGCGACCAGUUGAAGAGCUUCCAAGCUGACGGUGUUCGGUUUGUUAUCCUUUCCCAGACAAACUUGUUUCUGGUCGGGGUCACAAGUCUCCCUGAAAGCGAGGCUCAGCUACGUCUUCAGCUGGAGGCUUUGUACAUGCAGAUCUUGUCAACACUGACCCUGCCUACCUUGACGCAUAUAUUUUCAGUACGCCCCUCAACCGAUCUGAGGAGACCUCUCCAAGGUACAGAAGUGUUACUCUCGUCUCUCGCCGAUAGCUUCACACGUGGAUCACCGUCAACAUUAUUGUCGGCUCUAGAAUGCCUCAAGAUACGCAAGUCACAAAGGCAGGUGAUCAACAAUACCAUGAUCAAAGCCCGCGUCGACGACUUGCUCUAUGGACUAGUGGUUGCAGGAGGAAGACUUGUCAGCGUCAUCAGGCCCAAGAAGCAUUCAUUGCACGCGAGCGAUCUCCAGCUGAUUUUUAACAUGAUAUUCGAGGCCGAAGGCAUAAAAGCAGGAGGGGGCGAUUCUUGGGUACCCAUCUGUUUGCCUGGCUUCAACAAUACCGGCUACCUCUAUAUGUACGUUAGCUUUUUAGACAUGGGUGGUGAGCAUGUCCGAGAAUUGGACACCAACGAGCGUAUCGCUAAAGAGGAUUCUGUCGCCAUCAUCUUGCUCAGUGCCAACAAAGAGAGCUUCGAGGAUAUGCACAGCAUGAAGGACUACCUGGUCCACGAGUUCCGACGUAACCGAAGCAUGCACAUUAUUCAUGCUUCCGUGCAGGCUGGCCGACCGGCCCCAACCGACAUCAUCGCCGGGACUGUUUUGCGGCACUUUCUCUACAAGUCAAAGGGGAACGUGCAAUUCUUCAUGCCGUCUUUCUCGCCGGAUUUCGAAACAUUGAAUCAGCGAAGACGGUUGAUGUCGCUGUACCACAAAUUACACGCAACAGUCCACGCCAAGCAUGCCGCCGUCAAGGUUGUACAUAGUAUUAGCUCAACCGCCACAGCCCUGGCUUGGGUUACGCCCAUGUUUGAGCUUUACUGCGUGGCUGGUCCGUCCGUAUCCAGGAAUGCCCUGGCGCAGAGUGCAAAUAAAGUAGUCCAGUGGAUCCAGAGGGAGGAAGAGCGCAUCUUCAUCAUUGGGGGUGCUGUAUUCUGA